CUGGUGGACGGAGGUGGAGCAAGAGUACCUGUAGCUCUCACGAGACAAAAUGCUAUUCGACGUAUUGGAGGAACCGAUCGUGGCUAUGUUGGGCCAACAAGCCAAUUGUUCGAUAGGUUGUUCGACUUCCACGCUCGUGAACGAAGUGGCCCAAUAAUGAAUGUGAACGGUCGCAUUGUUAACAUGAGUUCGAACGUGCUUGAUAGUCCGGAGGAGCGACGAAUGCGUCAACCAGCUUCGGCCCCUUCAGCACUUGAUAGAUUCACUGACGGAGCUGAUAUGAUGGAUGGCGUCUCCCUUCAGUAUGUCGCAAUCAUCAUCAACACAAUCGUCACCAGAGUAGCGAGAAAGCGCGUUGAAGAGGAGAAAGCUAAAGAAGCCGCAGAGGAAGCUGCGAAGAAAGCGGCAGAGGAAAGCAGCAAACCUGCAUCAUCAGAGAAUGCGCCCUCUACCAGUGAAGAUACAGGAAAUACCAACGCUACAGCGACUGUGCUAGCUCAUCCACCCACAGAAGUAGCGCGACAGGCAUGGGAUGAAUCUGCCCAGAAUCGUGAACCUGAAGUAACAACCGCCCUUCUAACUGCAGGCGAUAGCGCAGCAGAUAGUGGCACGUCAGGAUUGGCUACGGCUGAUGGAGAAGCUAUGGAUACAUCAGAAGCUUUCGAACCUCGGGAUGCUGAAGCAGACGUGUCGAUGGAUGAAGCGCCUCCCCAUUCUUCCGCUGCUACGGUGGCAUCAUCAUUGCCCGAAGCGGAAGUGGACGAAGAGCGUAUGAUCACUCCACCUCUAUCAACGGCACAAAAUGCUAGCAGAGAAGGCGAAGAACGCGAUACAAGUGAUAGGUAA